UAAAUACCCCCCAGGUCCCCUCCACUCGCCCGGCACACCCUCACCUCCAUACACACUCCUCACACACACACUAACUCGUUCACACACACACACACACGCUGAGAGAGAGUGGAGGGGUGAGAACUGCUGAAGGUGAAGGACGGGAAAAAACAGGCGGAGAGAUGUCGGAUCAGCAGGGAGUCCCAGAUCAGCAAGUCGCUGGGAAGAGCCAGGGAGGAGCAGGAGCGGUUUACAAGGUCUCACUGUUUGAAUUCGAGAACUUCCGUGGAAAAAAGGUCGAGCUGUCAGCAGAAUGCAAGGACUUGAUUGAAAAGAACUUGGAAAAAGUUGCAUCAAUCAUAGUUGAGUCUGGCCCAUGGGUCGCCUUUGAGCAGAAGGGCUUUCUGGGAGAGCAGUUCGUUUUGGAGAAGGGAGAAUAUCCUCGCUGGUCCACCUGGACCAACAGCCAGAACAGCAACUGCCUCCUGUCCGUUAGACCUCUCAGAGUGGACAGCGCCGACCACAAACUACAUCUGUUCGAGAGCUGCAGCUUUGCCGGGAGAAAGAUGGAAAUCGUGGAUGAUGACAUUCCCAGCUUGUGGGUUCACGGCUUCCAGGACCACGUGGCCAGCGCCAAAGCUGUCAACGGAACGUGGGUCGGCUACAUGUACCCUGGCUACCGCGGCCGGCAGUUCGUGUUUGAACAUGGCGAAUACAAACACUGGAACGAAUGGGGAGCCACAGAACCACAGCUGCAGUCCGUCCGACGUGUACGUGACAUGCAGUGGCACAAACGGGGCUGCUUCACCGUCCCCGACCCGGCUCCCAAACCCAAUCCCAACCCUAAUCCCAACCCAAACCCCAAUCCUGCUCCCGGUCCAGCCCCCAAUCCCGCCCCUGGCCCCGCUCCUGCUCCAGCUCCCGCUCCCACUGCCCCAUCCGCCACGGCUGCCAGCAGCUGAAGGAGAGUGGCCAGCCCUGCCGAUGACCUCUGCCCUGCGCCUGCUCAGAGGAGCACGAAGAAAGCUCGAAAGCAAAAGUGACUGCCUUGCCUCUUGUGUGUCUAUCAUUGGAAAUAAAGGCCUCGGCCCCAUGCUUUGAUCUCUGA